AAACGAAUCAGGACCCACCCCAGGUGUUCAUCAGCUACCAGUGGGACUGCCAGGAUGAGGUGAAGGCCUUGCGAGACCGGCUAGAGAAAGUUGGGUUGUCCUGUUGGAUGGACAUCGGUCAGAUGGGAGGAGGUGACCAGCUUAACAGCAAGAUAGACGAGGGUAUCAGAAACGCAAAGGCUGUGCUCUCCUGUGUGUCCCCCAAGUAUGUUGUGUCCCACCACUGUAAUCGGGAACUCAGUCUGGCUGACCUACUGGCCAAGCCCAUCAUCCCAGUGAUGUUUGAACCGGUACCCUGGCCACCUCCGGGCGGAAUGUCCCUCAUCUUCUCGCAGCUCGUCUACAUAGACAUGAAAG